UGCUAAGUCAUGGUAAUACAAGGGCUUCGACCAGAAUUUUGAAUCGUAUUUACUUAAAAUCCAAAACUCAAUGGACAGUUUAGCUGCAAAAAUUAGUUAAAUACCUGACUCGCUAUUAACCAUUUUUAAACAUGUUGUAUAUAAAAUACCUGUGAUAAACAUUCACUUCAACUUUUAAACUACGGUUUGUUUUUUGAUACGCACGGUGCAUUAGAUCGCUUAGUAUUUUAAAUAGCGGCUCAUCAUUACUUUUAUAUCGUUUUCGUUCUGAAAACGGCUUUAAUGUGCAUCAAGUAUUUCAUUUGUAAAUGAUCGCUUUUGUAAUUUUUGAAUGGAAUUUUUGACUGCCAAUUAUAUCUCCCUAUCGCAAUUUCACGGUUCAGGAGCAUUAUUGCUCUAUUUUCGAAUGCGUAUUUAAUCCAGCGAUUUUUCCACAUUUUCUGCGACCGAUACGGCUUGAGUGGAUAAACAAAAGUAAAUAAUUCAAAAUAAUAAACAAUCUUUGAUUUUACUGCAAAUGAGCCGGCCCAUUCGACCAAAUUGCGUGGACUUAUAGACCAUAUUGAAGGAAACUGUCUCGAUUGCACGCCACUGCCAUUAUGAAAUUUAUUACCUUUUUUGUCUCAUUCAUUUUGAAACAGGCUCAUGUUUUGGGUGUUGCCACGAUUACUGAAUGAAGUUGACAUUCGCUUGAGGUACUCGCCUAUCGCGGUCGUUUCUGUCAAGUAUUGUUAGAUUAUUUAAAACCAUACCAAAUUUUGAUUUUUGGAGUUUUUUUUUCUGCAAAAUGAAAUUACCUUGACCAUCGCCUUAGUUUACAGCAAUCAUUCUUUUAACCUCGUCAAAAUGACUUUGAUAUAGUUGUUGUAUUUUUACGCUCUGGUUCAUCCUUGUUUAUUGCUAUAAAUUGGCUUUUUAUUAUUAAUUAUAUAAUUAGUUAUAUCUAGAAAUAGUUAGUGCUACCAGUCUUAACUAUGGACAAGUAUGACAACUUGGGUAUGGUGGGAGAGGGUAGUUAUGGUGCUGUGAUGAAAUGCAGACACAAGGAGACUAACCAAUUGGUGGCCAUUAAGAAGUUCCUGGAAAGUGAAGACGACAAAGUGGUCAAGAAAAUUGCAAUGAGAGAAAUCAAGAUGCUCAGGCAACUCCAACACGACCACCUGGUAAAUCUUCUGGAGGUAUUCCGGCGCAAGAAGAGACUCUAUCUGGUGUUUGAGUUUGUGGACCACACAGUGCUGGACGAUCUAGAGAGGAACCCUCAUGGUAUGGAUGAGACCAGGUGCAAGAAGAUACUCUGGCAGGUGCUGAAGGGCACAGAGUUCUGCCACAGUCACAAUAUAAUCCACCGAGACAUCAAACCCGAAAACAUCCUGGUGUCGAAGACCAAUGUGGUUAAGCUGUGUGACUUCGGCUUCGCCCGCACACUGGCUGCACCGGGGGAGAUCUACACGGACUAUGUUGCCACCCGGUGGUACAGGGCACCCGAACUACUAGUCGGAGAUACCACCUACGGAAAGGCAGUGGAUAUCUGGGCAUUGGGGUGUCUGUUGGCCGAGAUGCUCACUGGAGACCCUCUUUUCCCUGGAGAUUCAGACAUAGACCAGCUGCACCUAAUCAUGAAGUGCUUCGGUCCUCUGCACUCCAAGUACAAGGAGAUAUUCCUUCAGAACCCUCUUUUCUCGGGGGUGCGUCUUCCCGAGAUCAAACACGUGGAACCCCUAGAGAGGAAGAUCCCACGGGCCAACAAGUAUCCCAACUCCCUUGAUUUCAUGAAGGUAUCUAUGCGACUGGACGCCAUGGACCGUCCCUCGUGUGUGCAACUGUUACGUCACCCCCUGUUCACCUCAGACGGAUUCGCUGAGGACUUCUCGAAGGAGCUGAAGCGGAAGAUAGACAAGGAGAAGACAGACAGCAACAACCUCUACAAGAUACUAAGAGGAGAGAGGGACAAAGACGCGUCUAAGAAACAAUCCUCCUUUGCUUCCAAGUUCCAGUCUAAGCAAGGAGACUCGGUUGCUCAGAAGGCAAACAAUAACCAACCAAACGGAGAAAAUAACAACAACUCAGUAUCUUUACCUGCCAUGAAGAAACAGUCACCGAACAAAGCCACACCUCUGAACGAGAAGACAAACCAAAAACCUCUUAUUUCACCCAACCUCCCGAACGUUCACGACAAAAACCCGAACUCCAAUUCUGUCAAUCAAGCGAACCCAAAUGAUACGCUAUUAUCCGACAAACAAAGUAUCAUUAGCAAACGAUCUGACAACUCACGAAGAGUUGACCCGAGUAUGAACCCGAAUCCCACAGGUCAAAUUGGUUCAAAUCAAGGUCAAAAUGUCAGUCCAGAUUACGAACCAAUCAAAAGUCCAGUCAAAAAUGCAUCUUCACAGCUCGGUUCCCAAAAACAAUCGACAACUAUGCCUGUUAUUUCCAAAACGCCGAGUAUAACUGCCGGAAACAAACAGAAUGGUUCAACACUAGCAUCUACGGUUACCCCGUCGCCCCCUUCAUUGCUUAAUAGCGGCGGGCCAGGUGGAAACACUUCGCCAGUGGCGUCGAACAAAGGUCACGUGAACUAUCUGCAUCAGACGCCCUCUAGCGGGGGAAACUACAAUGCCACUCCCGGAGGGAUCGGGUUGGGAGGCAGGACAGUGACUAGUCUCCAUGGGGGGAGUCCGAGAGCUUUUAGUCAGCUUCAAGGUCACGGCCAAGGUUAUACUGGCAACCAGGUGCAAUCGGUGGGUAGUGUGGUUAAUCUCAACAUGGACCAUUUGCCCAAUCGCGGAAGUCCGGGUGCUGGAGGGUUGAAGAAAACUUAUUCGAUGAGUAACGGGAGUCUUGUAUCUCCCGGACGUCAAGUAGCGGGGGGUAUCCCUGCAGUCGUCAGUCUAGACACAUCAGGAGGGGGAGCAGGGGGUAGACCUGCCUCCCAGCAGAGUCUCGAUGCUCUAUCCUCCUCUGUGUUUUCUAAAAACAGCUCCCAGUCGGGAAACCUCCCUAUAUGGGCUGGUAUAUCGACCUUGAAACGAAGCUACACCAACGUGUACAAGAAGCCCAAAUCGACCGAACUCCCGUCCCAAUCACCCUUCGACCAUCCUCCGGGUACCCUACCCCUCUCCUCCCAACACCUCCCCAAUGGAACCAGCCCUCGCCACGAACAGAGCCUGAAGAUGAAAGAUUUCAAGUCUUCAGGGCUGAUCGGGGGAGGGGGAGAGAAGAGUCAUUUGAAUUCAAAGGGGGGUCAGUUGGGAAACGGAUCUCUGCAUCAGCGGUUUUCGCCUCCAUCUAACUUCAAAUCUAUGAGCAGCAACAAUUUUUCACCACCUAGCAAGUACAAUAAUCUGAAACUGCCAACGAAAAGAGAGAAGGUUGAACAAGGCAUGAACGAACUAGAAGUCACAAAUUCGAAGGCAUUCGAGAGCUUCAAACGGACAAAUCACCAUAUGCCUCCCAACGGCUUCUCGUGAAUUAUAGAACUUCAAUUUAUUUGAUGCUGUAGGUAAAUUGAUCCAUCCACAAAUGAAAUCUAGAACUCGCUAUGAUAGCUCAAAUUUGAUUGAUUUGAAAAUGUAUCUGGACGAAAUAACUGCGUC